ACUAGAGACUAGACUCUUCCACCACCCACCACCAAAAUGAUGAAGGUCGCUUUAACUUCGCACUUUCAUGGUCUUUCUCGGCGAAAACAACACUCCGUCGCAUUAUAGAAUCCGAAGCACCUCACUUCCGGAUUUCUAGGAUUUCUUUUGUCUACCUUCCUCCUUUUUUCUCUCUCUACUUUUUAGUCCCAGGGGAAAAGUGUUUGUUGGAUCUUUUCUUGAGAUCCUUGUAGCAAGGACAGAUGGGUUUGUUUCUAGAAGAGAGGGGGUACUGGUUUGCAGAGUCUACGUAACUUCUGCGAGCUUAGCGUCCUCUCUUGUCUAUCUUCGUCUAUCCUACAUUUAUCUUUAUAUUUUAAUUGCUGCAAGAGUUGCUUUUUUGAUGUAAAUGACUACCACAUUUGGGUUUCUUGGUUGACAUUGGAGAACUAAGGGUUGGUGGAGGGGUUUGAGUGGUCGGAAUAGAUUGAAGGUGGCAUCAUGGGUGGUGUUUGUUGCUGUUUGCUUGAGGAUUGUGAAGAUUGUGUUAAUCCAAACAGCUCAAUCUAUAGGAACUGUAUAUGUCUCAGAUGUUUUGUUCAGAACUUCUUACACAUGUAUACGACAAUAUUUCGGAGUGGGGAAGCACAUGCCAUCCCUUCAUCCAUGCAGGGGACAACAUCUUUGACUUCAACUUCAUCAGUUGAUGACUCUCUUUCUGACAUGUACCACUCUCCUCCGAGGCCAUUGCCUUAUGAUGCUGAUCCUAGAUAUAUGCACUUUCAACGGGAUGGACUGGUUUCUAGACGUGAGAAGGGCUCAAGUCACUCACACGAGGAAUCCGUACUAUUGAGAAGAUGUGUCGAUGAUGCAGACGCAGAUGCAGAAUUUCAAAGUACUGGAGAGAAGUGGAAUGAGUCUACAUGUGAAGAAGGAUUAAGAAAAUACAAUUCUAAGUCUUCAAUGAGGCUCUCAUCAGCAAAAAUGACAACUGGAUAUGCACAUAUCUACUCUUCUUCAGAAGAUGAAGAUGUCUGCCCAACAUGCCUUGAAGAAUAUACUUCGGAAAACCCCAAGAUAGUUACCAAAUGCUCUCACCAUUUCCACCUUGGUUGCAUCUACGAAUGGAUGGAGAGAAGUGAAAACUGUCCAGUUUGUGGCAAGGUGAUGGAAAUCGAUGAGACCUCGUGAAUCCGUGAACUUACUUGAGUGGUUUGGAUUGUGGAUGAAACCAGCAACAGACGGGAAAGGGUUAAAGUGUAAAAAGCCCUUGUGAAUAUCUCAUGUUAAAGUGUUUGUAUAACUUUAUUUCAAAAUAUAUUCUCUUCACACUGUUUUGCUUUUCCUCUUAUUUUUUCUUACAUUUUCACUAGAAAAAAAGAAAGAAAGAAAGAAGAAUCUCUGUUUCCAAAUCCCUUCUGUACAGUGAAAGAGAAGAAUUCUUAAAACCAAAGGGGGAAAAUAUGAACCUAUGACAUGGUGAAGUGCUUGUUUUUAUUA